CUCAACCCGUUUAAAGUAAACCAGUUGAAAACUUCAAAUAAACCUACUAAUUUGUAAUCGUUUUUGUGUGCGGACGGACAAAAUGUUAAUUUAUUUCGAAAAAAUAGGGUUAUUUUGUAUUUUGUCUUCUAAGUUAAGUGGGUGUAAAUCUGUAAUCGUUUUGGAGAAAGGCGGGAACUAAACUGGUUUGGUGGGACUGUGUGCCUAAAGAUUGCAUAUUAGGUGUUCGAAACCAACAAGACUGUAACCAACAAAAUCUGAUUUUACAACUCCUUCCUUCCUUUCACACACAUUACUACUACUGUGUGUGAGAUAGACAAUUCAUAAUUCAAUGGAGAGCAACGCAGAAUCGCCGCUUAUUACCUCAAAAGAUGGCCAACAGAACGCUCACAUCAACGGAGACGUCGAAGAUGUCCCUCCGAUCAACGGAAUAAACGAUUUCUUUGUCCAAUUUGGCGUCGAAUCAAAGAAGCUCUGGUACCUUGCUGGCCCUGCAAUUUUCACCACCGUCUGUCAAUACUCACUCGGUGCAGUUACACAAACCUUCGCCGGUCAUGUAGGAACACUCGAUCUCGCAGCUGUCUCAAUCGAGAACUCAGUUAUUGCAGGUUUCUCUUUGGGAAUCAUGGUUGGAAUGGGGAGCGCAUUGGAGACUUUGUGCGGGCAAGCAUUUGGAGCAGGUCAGGUGGAUAUGUUAGGAAUAUAUAUGCAGAGAUCGUGGGUUAUCCUCUUCGUAACUGGUCUCAUUAUGAUGUUCCUCUACAUCUUUGCAACUCCGUUACUUCUCUUGAUCGGACAAACAGAAGAUAUAUCUCACGCAGCAGGGAAGAUGGCGCUAUGGAUGAUUCCACAGCUUUAUGCGUACGCCUUCAACUACCCAAUCGCUAAGUUUCUUCAAGCUCAGAGUAAGAUAAUGGUGAUGGCUUACAUAUCUGCGGUGGCGUUGGUGCUGCAUACGUUUUUUAGCUGGUUGUUGAUGUUGAAGUUGGGAUGGGGGUUAUGGGGAGGAGCUAUAGUGCUCAACCUUUCAUGGUGGUUCAUGGUGAUUGCUCAGAUGAUGUAUAUUUUGAGUGGGACUUGUGGUCGAGCAUGGUCAGGGUUUAGUUGGGACGCUUUUAGUAAUCUAUGGGCCUUCGUUAAACUUUCCUUUGCAUCAGCUAUCAUGCUUUGCUUGGAAACAUGGUAUUUUAUGGCGUUGGUGCUUUUUGCUGGAUACCUGAAGAAUGCCGAAAUUGCGGUGGAUGCACUCUCCAUAUGCACAAACAUUGUUGGUUGGGCAGUUAUGGUAGCACUCGGAUUCAAUGCAGCUAUUAGUGUAAGGGUGUCGAAUGAGUUAGGUGCGGCCCAUCCAAGAGCUGCAAAGUUGUCCGUUGUGGUGGUUAUUUUUUCUGCUUUUUUCAUCGGAGUUUUGUUGGCCAUAACUCUGGCCAUUUUCCGGCAUCAAUAUCCAGCCUUAUUUUCUGAUAAUUUAAAAGUUCAACAAGCUGUUUAUGCUCUUACUCCAUUGCUAGGGGGUUGCCUUAUCAUUAAUAAUAUUCAACCCGCACUUUCCGGGGUGGCAAUUGGGGCAGGAUGGCAAGCUGUGAUUGCUUACAUAAAUAUCGCAUGCUACUAUAUCUUUGGCGUUCCUUUGGGACUCACUCUGGGAUUUAUUGCCGAUUGGGGUGUAAAGGGUAUAUGGGUAGGCAUGUUGACUGGAACGGUGGUACAGACUUUGAUUUUAAUUUGGAUUUGCUACAGAACCAACUGGGAAAAAGAGGCAUUUUUGGCUGAAAGGAGGAUAAAAAAAUGGUCAGGUCAAAAAGAGGUGGAGGGAGAGCAAUAAAGUUCUCUUGUUUGAUGUUAGUUUGGAUUUGAAUAUUGUGCAAUUCCUUAUCUUCAUAAAAUCAUUUCACCAAAAUAGCAUCAAACUUGAUGACGGUUUUUAUCAAUCGUUUGUAAAAUUGUGUUUGGUUGGUGAACGGUGUUAUUAGGAUUUAAAUAAAUACUUAACAAACACGAUUCAUGUGAUGUGGAUUUAUACAAAAUAAUGUGAUGUGGAUUUAUACAAAAUAACAAGUUGGGGUU